UAUUCUGGACUAACGAAACUUUUGGGAUAAUAAAAGUUCAAUUUGUGGGGAGAGAGAGGAUAGCAGAGCUAAAUGAGACAGGUGUUGGCUCGUGGGACAUAAUGACUUAAUUCAAAGAGGACCAAGAGCAGCAACCAAGGCAGCCGUCGGAAUUCCGUAACAUCGCCGUCGAGGCGUCCUGUGCGUCUGCGGAAUAUCGUCACUGGUCAUGAAUCUGUGGAGACAUUAUUCUUAAAAGCCACUGAGACUGUUCAAUGCAGCCCGACACGAUGUAUGGGAUCUGUCAUGUCUACGCCUCCAAAACGACCCACUGGUACUCCAAGACCAAAAGAUGAGGUCCUGAAGCACGCAAAACAUUUCUUUGAUCAGUAUUUCUCCAGCAUCAAAAGACUUAAUUCUCCCAGCCACGUACGAAGAUGGAAAGAAGUCGCAAGCGAAGUAGAAGCUAACGGAUCAUAUGAGCUAAAAGAAACUGAAUUGGUAUAUGGUGCCAAACUAGCUUGGAGAAAUGCCCCCAGAUGUAUUGGAAGGAUACAGUGGUCCAAGCUGCAGGUGUUUGAUGCAAGAUAUGUUUCAACAGCGAGAGAAAUGUUUGACGCCAUUUGUAAUCAUAUUAAAUAUGCCACUAACAAAGGAAAUAUCAGAUCGGCAAUAACUAUCUUUCCACAGAGAACGGAUGGCCUACAUGAUUUUCGUAUUUGGAAUAACCAACUUAUAAUGUAUGCAGGAUAUAAACAAGAUGAUGGAAGUGUUAUUGGUGAUCCGGCAAACGCAGAUUUUACCGAAUUAUGUCAAAAGUUGGGCUGGAAAUCAUCAGGCAAAAAUUGGGAUAUCCUUCCAUUAGUACUUUCAGCGAAUGGCCACGAUCCACAAGUGUUUGAUUUACCUGACGAUCUUGUCCUGAGGGUUCCUAUAGCUCAUCCCAA